CCACUCCUGUAUAUUCACUGGUUCCGCCCUCUGCAAAGCUUCGACAAUAAUCUACAGAGCUUCCGUCUAACUCGGUCAUCACAGCAGCAUGGACCUCAUGCAGUCAUUGUACCAGUAACAGAAGUCAUUCGUGCAUGUCACCUGAUUCCGCAAUUC